CCAGAGCUUAGAACACUGCUUGGCACCAAAGAAGAGAAUGGGAAAUAAAGCCUCCAGACCCACAAAGACCCCUGAAACAACGGUCACCGUGACUUCACAACACCCAACUCCUGGCUCCUCACACUGUGCCUCGCCUCAUCUUGAGAACUCCAUGAUCCUCUAUUUAUCACUGACCUUUGUUACCGGCGUGCUGCUGACUCUUCUAACAGUUGCCAUCGUCUAUCUAAUCAGGAAGAGGAAGAGGAAAUACCUCCCAGACUCUAAAAGAGUGGCUGCCCAGACCUCGGAUCUUCUCCCACUCCCUUCUCCCAAGCUUUCUCCCAGCCCUGACGAUGCCCUGGUCUAUUCUACUUUAAUACCCGGAUUCCCUCUGGGAGAAAGCCAGCCCCACAAUUCUAAAGAUCUGGACCCUGUGGUGUACGCAGAAGUUGGAGCAAGAUCCUGACCCCACAUUCCGUUGGGAGAGAAGAAGCACCAUCCCAGCCAUCUCCAGUCUUAUCCCACUGGCAACCUAUGUCUUCCCUGGCCCAGAUUUCUGGUCCCUUUGCUCUGAAGAGGUGUGUAGGGGACUCUGCUUCCCCCCCAUGAGUGUGUUGGCUCCUUCAUUCAUUCAUUCAAUCAUUUUUAUUAGGCACUUACUGUGUACUGUACU